CCUUGAGUGCCUCAGACGUGGACCUUCAGUGCCUGACGCAGAGCGGAGCCGCUACUCAGUGCCGACUCGGACCUAACUUCUACUGAACACUUGCACCCUUCCUACUGAUAAUUUGCGGGGAUGGACGACACCAGGAGCAGCAGCGAGGGCCAGACUCAAAUGACGAGCCUCCACAGCAGCGGCGUGGCCAACCACUUCAGCAAGUCCUGCCCUAAGAAGACAGUGGCGUCCUCUCGUCGGCUGCUCAGGACCCCGAAGUGCGCCCGCUGCCGGAACCAUGGAGUCGUCUCCUGCCUGAAGGGCCACAAGAAGCUCUGUCGGUGGCGUGACUGCCGCUGUGCUAACUGCCUGCUGGUGGUGGAGCGGCAGAGAGUGAUGGCGGCGCAGGUGGCUCUUAGAAGACAACAGGCAUCGGAGAGCAAGGAACAGACAGCCUCCCAUUCACCCUCGUCGUCCUCUGCUUCCUCCACUACCUCGUCCCCCUCGGCUACGACCAUGGCAAAGGGGCAGCCGGAGGAGUCAUCCGCUACCAAGGCUGCCCGGGCCAAGCUGAAAUCCGCCGAGGCCUUACUGGCGCAGAAGAGGCUCUACCAAAGGCACCUCCGAUCACUGCAACAGUCUGCCAUCGCUCGGGACCUGAUGACGAACCUGCGGCAGCGGCUGGGUCGCGACUGGCGGGUGCCGCCCUACCUCAGUGAGCGGCAACGGAAGCGCCGCGCCUUCGCCGACCGGAACCUGGAGUCGGUGAUGCUGCAGCGCGAGGCCCUGCUGGCCCAAGCCACCCACCUGCCCGCCCACAUCCCACCAGAGUGGGUGGGGCACGUCACCCUCCUACCGGUGCAUCUUCAGGAAGCGCUGAGGCUUCACCCGCAGCCCGCCCAGGCCCUGCUGCAGCUGGUGGUGGAGGCGUGUGGCGGAGACCAGGCCCGCGCCCUCAGAUACUUGGCCUCCCCGCCCCCUGCCGUUCUCAGCCACGCCGCCCAGGACGAGGCCUCGGCGGGCACACAAGAGCUGCCCUCACGCUUCCUGCAGCUAUCCCUCGCCCAGCCCUCUCUGCCGCUGUCCGCCUCGCACUCCCUCUUCGCUGCCUCCUCCACUUCCGCCUUUAGGGUGGUUGGCAAGGAAGGAGACCAAGACUCACCCUCACCUCCACCAGCCCGCCCGCCGCCCACGCACAGCCCACUGUCCUCUAGCCCCAGGAAAAUGAGCCCCGUCAGCUGCUCCGACGCCCUUCCCUCACGGACAGGGCAGCGCACCACCAACCCUCUGCUCCUUCAAGUGCCUCCCUCGCCCACGCACACCUAUCCCCCCGCCUCUCCCACGCUGCCGCCCACACAUUGGACAAUGGCACUCAGCACCAACCCUUCCCCGCCCUCGCCGCCCACCACUGACUACCGCAGAGCAUCCCUCGCUACCAUCUCACCCGCUGAUCGCCCGCACGCCCACACCACCUGCCCCACGCCUAGGAAGGCUGUCAUAUCUUUCUCCGUGGAAUCCAUCAUCGGAAAGCAAACAUGAGGCGGCGGCGAUGGAGCGGCGGCGAGCACUGAUGCGGUCCUACAGGUCUUGUGUCGAUGCUCCGCAGCGAGGGGCGUGUCGGUAGCACAGGGCCACAUGGCGCACCACCGCGUGAGAGGAAGGGCCAGCCGUAAGAAGGGCACACUAACGAGGGAUGAAGCGACUCCUCAGACCGUCUCGCUGCGCCAUCAAGCAAUUUCACUUCUUUUCAAAGCUAGUCAGUGAGGCGGCAGCAGCGGCCACAGGAGACCCAGGCGGUGGUACGAAUAUAUUAGGUGCUUCCGCUCUCUCCACUUCCUCUCGUCUAUAUCUGCAUCCCACCACUUCCAUGAAUGGAGAUUUUUACACCCGUGAGAUUAGCACUUCAACAUUUAUACAUAAACAUGUGUGGUGCCAUAUCAGCCUCUUAUUGUGGCGCAGUAACCCUGUCACUCCUACACAAUCACAGUCACAAUAAGUUUUCAUACACUUCAUUUGUACGGUAAUCUUUUAAACAGUUCUGAUGCUUUAAGAAGACAAGAAUAACCUCAUUUUCUCUUAUUUCAUCUGUAUCCAAGCGAGCUAUUCCCCAAAGUGGUCUGACUGUUAAGCACGCCCAAAGCACCAACAACAAAAUACUAAACGGCUCCCUUUAGACACUUCACACUCCUUCCCUCUCUUCUUAAUUCUCUAGUCGUGUCAUCCAUAUAUCCUUCACUACACUCCUCACUUCAUCCUUCAGUAUCCUAUCCAUGUAUUUUUCUCUUUACUCUUCAAAUCCUUCAUCAUUCUAUCCAUGUAUACUUCUCUAAACUCCUCACAUCCUUCAUCAUCCUUCUCUAAACUUCAUCCUUCAGUAUCCUAUUUAUGUAUCCUUAUCCCCUCCCCCAUCCCUCACAUCCAUUAUUCUCACCCCAAAUAGUAAAGACGGAACUUUACACGUUUAUCAGGGCAAGGAAACAUCACGUGGUCUUCAGUUAAUCCCAGUGGCCGACCAAAGAAAUAGUACUUAAGUCUGUGGUAUCUAUAUGGCCAUGCACACAAUCACUCAAGUCACCCUCCCCCAAAAUAAAUAAAUAAAUAAAUAAAACAAUGAAUGACAGCAGAAAACGGGAGGCUCUUGAUAUUCUAAGUUAAGCAUUAGUGCGUGUUUGAGAUAUUUAGGAAAAGAAAACGUAUUUAAGCAUCACUAGAGUUAAUUGUACGUACGUAGGUAGCUAUCAUUAGACAGUUUGAUUUUUCGUUGUAAUGAGAAGGACGCAACUCUGUGGAUUUGUUAUUAUACGGUGUGUGUGUGUGUGUGUGUGUGUGUGUGUGUGUGUGUGUGUGUGUGUGUGUGUGUGUGUGUGUGUGUGUGUUUUUUUUUUUUGAGUGUUACGACAAGAAUGUUGAUUUCUCUUUCUGCAUACAAGGGAGACUACAAGUGCCUGCAUAUUGUAUUGUUUUCACCUGUUACUUUGACCUAACUCGAGCCUUGUGGACGAGUUGGCGACGCUAAUAAAAUGUUGAUUAGUGA